GAAUGUUAAUUUUUCAUAUGCACUGGUUACAAGAGCAAUAUUAUCUGUAACAAGUAUGGUAUUUUAAUGCAGUUACAUUGUUACUAUUGCAGAGAUAUCCUCCCAUGUAUAACAUGCUUUACAAAAGACAUAUGCCAUUUUUACACUGCAUAUUGCACAGAAUAGAUAUGUUGACUACAGUAUAAAGAAAAUUGGAUCUAACAACAAUGUUAAACCUGCAGUUUGAAACUUCACCACAUUUGUCAGUGUUUAAGUGUCUAAUAAUGAUAGAUAUCCCAUCGUGUCUGAUAGUUUGCUAAGAGUACAACAUUAUGGCUGUAACAAAGUUUUAACCCAUGACUCGAAAGUCAGCGUCAUAAGCUUGCAGCCCCUUUUUUUUUUCUGAAAAUUCACAAUAUACAUUGUGUUAGAUUCCAAAUGAUAGGAUGAACAAAACCCACAAAAUUUCUUAUUUCAGUAUUCAGAAAGUGUUACCCUCGAUAAUGAAAUUCCUCCUGUCACUAUGGCCAAAUCUAUGACCUUACAACACCAACCCAUUCCUGUGAGUGUACCACCACAAAGAUCUAAAACUUUACCAUCUCAAAUGCCUUCUUACGUCGAGAGUCCUGAGAAAGUGCAGCCAUUAAUGGGAACAGCAUUUGAUAUUUGUAAGAACAAGACGGGAAUCUUAAACAAAACAAAAAUUAUGGAAAAUGGGAAAAAAGUUGGGAAAAAGUGGAGUCAAACAUAUGUGAAGAUAUUUGGUUCCAAUAUUGCAUUUUACAAAGAUCAACGUGCUGCUGCAGUCGGACCUGGUGCCAAAAAUGGAAAUCCAGAACAAAUUAUAUUCCUUGGUGGAGCCAAGUGUUCUCAUGCUUCAAAAGAUAUCUCAAGCAAGAAGAAUGUUCUCCUUCUGGAAGAUAUACAGAACAACCAAAUUUUAUUACAAGCAGAUGAUAACACGAAAAUUCAAGAAUGGUUGGUCUACAUCAAUUUGAUUAUUUCUGAAAUGAUGUGGACCUGUAGCUGUUUUUAAUAAAUCAUUAAUGGC